AUGAAUCAGAUAAUACUUCCGAGUACCCUCUCACUGUCCCUUGCUGGUGUCUUCGCCCAGCAGGUCUUAGUUGAAGAGUGGCUAAGUGGAGAUUGUAAUGGGCGACCUUUCAUCACUGCCAACGUCUACGGAGGGGCCGGUGGGACUUCAUGUGUCAACGUGGAGCAAUUCCCAGCAACCAACAUCAAAGCUAGUCUUGUGAAGCCUUGCAAUGAUGGAAAGACUCCAGUCAUCAAGGUUUCCAGUGUUGAAUGUGCGCAGUUUAAGACUAAAAUAGUUCUGAGCGCAGAUGGGUCAUGUAUUUCUGUAGACUUUACUCCUUGGGCAUAUUCAAUCUCGUGUAACUAG